AUGGAUACGUCGUAUACAACUAUGGCCCUACAUAGUUAUUCUACGGAAACUGGAACUGACUACGACUAUGACACUGUGUCGACUGAGGACUCUGGAAUUUGUGACUGAAGUGAGGUUAGGGAGUUUCGGGGCCAGUAUGAACCCCCUCUUUUCUGGAUCAUCUUCAUCCUCGGUGCCUUGGGCAACCUGAUGGUGGUUUGGAUGUACACCACUGUCCGCAGCCGGAUGAAAACAAUGACCGACAUGUACCUGCUAAACUUGGCUGUGGCUGACCUCUGCUUCCUGUGCAUGCUGCCCUUCUGGGCUGUCGAUGCCACCAAGGGCUGGAACUUCGGCAUCGGCCUCUGCAAAGUCGUCUCCGCUGUCUACAAGAUCAACUUCUUCAGCAGCAUGUUGCUUCUCACCUGCAUAAGCGUGGACCGCUACAUUGCUAUUGUACAAGUCAUCAGAGCCCAGAACCUCAAGAAAAAGAGGCUGUUCUACAGCAAACUUACUUGCCUUGUUGUCUGGCUUAUCUCCACUUUACUGGCCCUCCCUGAAUUUAUCUUCGCCAAGGUGAAGAUAGACGACAAGGGGAAAUCCUCCUGUACUCUUGUCUACUGGGACAAUGCAAAUAACCGGACUAAGAUCCUGGUGCUGUCCCUGCAGAUUUGCAUGGGCUUCUGCCUUCCUCUCCUAGUUAUGGUCUUCUGUUACUCUGUCAUCAUCCGCACUCUUCUGCAGGCCAAGAACUUUGAAAAGCACAAGGCCCUACGAGUCAUCUUUGCUGUGGUGUGUGUGUUUGUCCUCUCUCAACUGCCGUACAACGGCCUCCUCAUCAUGGAAGCCACACAGGCAGCCAAUACCACAAUCACCGACUGCAAAACUGUCAAAAUGUUCGAUGUAGCUGGACACGUAGCCAAGAGCCUAGCGUUCACCCACGCCUGCAUCAACCCGUUCCUGUACGUCUUCAUCGGCGUUCGGUUCAGAGAAGACCUCCUGAAGAUUGUGAGGGCGUGCUCUGGCAGUCAGGGCCAAGGAAGUGGCAUUAAAAUGCAGGCCGUCCCCAAACGUUCUGUCUCUGUUAUGUCAGACACUGAAACUACCCCUGCCUUUUCCAUAUAAACGCCUACUUCUCCUUAAAUCCCCACGUCUGAGACCUGAGCCUUUUCCACCACCAAUUUUUGUUACUUGCUCCUCGUGCAUUACUUACUACUACAAUAGCAACAAUAACAUUAGCAACUUUGAAAGCAAAAAUAAAAUCUUUGGAGAUCACUGUCAUUACAUUCAUAUAUUUACAGUCACAUAUAUGCAUAUUUUUACUGGAAUCGUUGUAUAAACUGUACAUUUCUGUAAAUACAUUUUUUAAAAUGUUUUUUUUUUUACUCCAUCGUGUAUUUGUUGUGUGCUGCUGUAAUGGAACAAAAGAACAACUGUAUUUUUGACCCAAAGAUAAAAAAACAUCUAAAAGUAAUUGAACAAAAUAAAAAUACAUACAAAAAAAAGAA